AUGUUUUACUUAGAAGAGAACAGUGAAGAUGAGAAGGUUCAGGACAGCUCAUUGAGUAAGACUGCAGGUGUUUACCAUGGCAAGGCCCCUCCCGGCAUCCUGUCUCAAACCAUGAAUUAUGUGGGCCAGCUGGCUGGGCAAGUGCUCGUCACUGUAAAGGAGCUCUACAAGGGCAUUAACCAAGCCACCCUGUCUGGGUGCAUCGAUGUGGUCGUUGUGCGGCAGCAGGAUGGCACCUAUCAGUGCUCACCUUUCCACGUGCGCUUCGGGAAACUGGGAGUCCUGCGGUCCAAGGAGAAAGUGAUUGAUAUAGAAAUCAAUGGCAAUGCAGUGGAUCUUCAUAUGAAAUUGGGUGAUAAUGGAGAAGCCUUCUUUGUAGAAGAGACUGAAGAAGAAUAUGAAAAACUACCUGCUUAUCUUGCCACGUCACCAAUUCCUACUGAAGACCAGUUCUUUAAGGAUAUUGACACCCCUUUGGUGAAAUCCAGUGGGGAUGAAAGGCCAUCUCAAAGCUCAGAUAUUCCUCACACCCUGGAAACAGAGACAGUUUUUACUCCAAGUUCUGUGAAAAAGAAGAAACGAAGGAGGAAGAAGUACAAACAGGAAAGAAAGGAGGAGCAGGCAGCUUCUCCUGCUGUAGAAGAUGUAUGUGAAGUAGGCGUGAGUUCUGAUGAUGAUAAGGGAGCCCAGACGGCGAGAGGAUCUUCAAAUGCUUCCUUAAAGGAGGAAGACUGUAAGGAGACUCCGCUCUUCCACUCCAGCGACCACUAUCCCUUAUCGGAUGGAGAUUGGUCCCCGUUAGAAAACACUUAUUCCCAGGCAUUGUGUCCCAAGAGUGAUUCCGAGCUGGAGGUGAAGCCAGCCGAGAGCCUGCUCAGAUCUGAGUCUCACAUGGAGUGGACUUGGGGCGGGUUCCCAGAGUCUACCAAGGUCAGCAAGAGAGAAAGAUAUGACUAUCAUCCGAGGACAGCUACAAUUACACCAUCAGAAAACACUCAUUUUAGGGUAAUUCCCAGUGAGGACAGCCUUGUAAGAGAAGUUGAGAAGGAUGCUGCUGUUGAAGAUACUGUCUGUACCAUUGUGAAGCCCAAACCCAGAGCCCUUUGUAAGCAACUGAGUGAUGCAGCUUCUGCUCAGCUUCCUGGACUGCCUCUUGAGGCUCCUCAGAUUUCAUCUAUGUUAGAUGCAGACCAUAUUCCCAGCCCAUCCUCAGCAGAAGCUCCCUCAGAACCCAAACCAGCUGCUAAAGUAGACUCACCAACAAAGAAGAAAGGUGUUCACAAGAGAAGUCAGCACCAGGGACCUGAUGACAUUUACCUUGAUGACUUAAAGGCUCUUGAGCCUGAAGUAGCAGCGCUCUAUUUCCCUAAAAGCGACACAGAUCCUGGCUCCCGACCCUGGCCUGAGUCCGACACAUUCUCUGGCUCUCAGUCCCCACAGUCUGUGGGAAGUGCAGCUGCCGACAGCGGCACCGAGUGCCUCUCAGACUCUGCCAUGGACCUGCCUGAUGUCACACUGUCCCUCUGCGGGGGCCUCAGCGAGACUGCAGACAUUUCUAAAGAAAAGUUCAUGGAGCAUAUCAUCACUUACCAUGAGUUUGCAGAAAACCCCGGCCUUAUCGACAACCCGAACCUUGUAAUACGGAUAUAUAACCGUUACUACAACUGGGCUUUGGCUGCUCCCAUGAUCCUUAGCUUGCAAGUCUUCCAGAAGAGUUUGCCUAAGGCCACGGUCGAGUCCUGGGUUAAAGACAAGAUGCCAAAGAAAUCUGGUCGCUGGUGGUUUUGGCGUAAGAGAGAAAGCAUGACCAAACAGCUGCCAGAGACCAAAGAGGGAAAAUCUGAGGUCCCACCAACAAAUGACCUGCCUUCCAGUGCUGAGGAGCCAACCAGUGCCAGUUUGGUGUUGGAUAGGCCUGCAGAGAAUGAUACUUCUAGUGAUGAGGGGUCACAGGAGUUGGAAGAAACGAUCAGAGUUGAUGCCAUCUCCAUGGAGACAUCGAGUCAUUGUAGCACAGCUUCAUAUAAGAAGUCUCUGCGACUCUCCUCAGACCAGAUAGCAAAACUGAAGCUCCAUGAUGGCCCCAAUGACGUUGUAUUCAGUAUUACAACCCAGUAUCAGGGUACCUGUCGUUGUGCGGGUACCAUUUACCUGUGGAACUGGAAUGACAAGGUCAUCAUUUCUGACAUUGAUGGGACAAUAACCAAGUCUGAUGCUUUGGGACAGAUUCUCCCACAGCUGGGUAAAGACUGGACUCAUCAGGGCAUCGCAAAGCUCUACCAUUCUAUCAAUGAGAACGGUUACAAGUUUUUAUACUGUUCUGCACGUGCCAUUGGCAUGGCCGACAUGACCCGUGGUUAUCUGCACUGGGUCAAUGACAAGGGCACGAUCUUGCCCCGAGGCCCUCUGAUGCUGUCUCCCAGCAGUUUGUUCUCUGCCUUCCACAGGGAAGUGAUAGAAAAGAAACCAGAGAAGUUCAAAAUUGAAUGUCUGAAUGAUAUAAAGAACCUGUUUGCCCCGUCCAGGCAACCCUUCUAUGCUGCCUUUGGAAACCGUCCUAACGAUGUCUAUGCUUACACACAAGUCGGAGUUCCAGACUGUAGAAUAUUCACCGUGAAUCCAAAGGGUGAAUUAAUACAAGAAAGGACCAAAGGAAACAAGUCAUCGUACCACAGGCUGAGUGAGCUUGUGGAACACGUGUUUCCACUUCUCAGUAAGGAACAGAAUUCUGCCUUUCCAUGCCCAGAGUUCAGUUCCUUCUGCUACUGGAGAGACCCAAUUCCUGAUGUGGACCUGGAUGACCUAGCUUGAACAGGGCCUGUAUGGCUAGGUGGGGGCACUGCCACUCACCUCCCAGCAGAGACAGUAACUGGCCCUCCUGCAGAUGAAGACCCAGGGCUGCAGUCAGGAACCUGCUUUCCAGAGCGGGGACAGAGUCCCGAGACUGGCACUGCUGCGUCUUUCACCUUCCCAGGACAGAGGAGGUACCAGCCUGUGCUCCGUUACACGUGGGCCCUCACAUGCUUCCCGUGGAGUUAUGCUGCGCACCACUCAGCUGCAUAACUUAAGUGGAAGAAAUCAGAAACUGAGAAAGAGUGGACCAGCACAUUGCUACACAAGUAAAGAGUUAAAAUCUCCACUGGUCAAUCAGGUCGCUUCUCUCUGUAACCAGGGCUUUCUCCAGAGGUUCCAGUUGUUGUCCUCCUGGACACCUCCAGUCUUGCUCACUGAACGAGAACAGCUGCUUCAUGUACCACGUUGGGCAGCCCCACUACCUGUGUGCCCACCUGAGCCCACCUGCUCCGGCGUGGGCUUUGAGGGGCGAGCACCCUUGCACCAUCAACCCCUCACCAGUGCCUGCUGCACAGUGAGAAAGAAGCCGUUCAAGUCACUGUCUUAGCCAGAAGAACAAAUGCACAUUCUGUGUCCAGAGUACUAGUGAGAGAUCGGUUUAAAGUACAUAGAAGGCAGCAGGCUCGCCUCAAGUGUAGAAAGGCACUUACACUGGGUCCUGAGAGCCACCCUAACCCUGACACUGUUACCUGGCAUAAGUGGCCCUUUGCAGGUGGGUGUUUCAGGACGUGUGGAUUUCUGGAGUUCUGGGCUUCAGAGUUGCUUGGGGGAAAGCCUUUAGCUAGUGGCAUUGCCCAGUCAUUUGGAUUUCAACCAUGUAAUGAGUCCCUGGAGGCAUGGAGGGCCUGCUCCAGCCAGCACCUCGGCAGUGGUGUUACAGGUGCGGCCUGGGGGAAUGGGGGCCUCCAUUUCCUGGGCAGCAUCAUACAUUGGCCUAGUUAAUGUGUCAGAAGAGAUGGCUCCAGGGAAAGUCAAGUCCUGGAAUCUCCAGAGCCUGUGAUCAGCUGGGGUGACAGUCACCGCGGUGCGAGCAUCACAAGACCUGUGGGUGGGACCUGUCCUGAGACAGACGGCCCUCGACUGGGAAGGUGGAAGCGAAGGCUUCUGAGCAGAGAGGGGACCCCAGAUAAAGACAUUCCCUGCAGUUGGAUGGCUAGCCUUGUCAUAGUGUUUUAAUUUGCUUCAUCCAAAAUGAUACUCACCUAGGUUGGUUUAGGAAAGGGGUGGUUAUUUUCCAGAUUGGAGAGUUGAGUGUCCUGCCUCAUUUUUAGUAUUGCAGUUGAAUGCAGAGACCAUGGUAAAAUUCUUUAAUAAAAGAAGAAACCCUUUGAACAUAGUUCUCAAGCAGCAAAACCACUGGAGGCACGUGCUCCCAGAGAGGUGCUCCCAGAGAGGGGCAGCAGGCUUCCACAGUGCUGGCCUUCCCCAUAAGUAGUUCAUAUCUCCUUCAUGAGCUGUUUGUGUUAGGCAAUAGGGAAACCUAGUUGUUUAUGUGAAAUUCUUCAGUUAGUGAAAUAAGAUUCUGCUAAAGCAGCCACUUGGCCACCUCCUGGGAUUUAGCACACUUUGAUUUAAGGGAUAAUGAGAGUUGUUUGUGCCUAACCUGAGCUUAGUAGAAUCUCUGUGGUACAGAAAAUCUUAUCAUGUUUCCUCUUUAGAUUGUUUUAGUUUGUCCUUGAUGAAGUUUUUGCCUAGGUAGUCUGACUCUUUUCUUUGGACACAUGGGCCUUUUCAGAGGACCCAGCUUAGGGUCUGGGGCUCCUGGCCUGUGCUGAUCCUUCUGCCCCAGUGUCCAUUACCCCUGCACUUGUCACUACAGAAUGAUCCUUGGGUAUUUAGGCUAAUGAAGGUAACUCUUUUUCCUUAUUUAAAGGAGUAUUCUCGCUGAAAGUAGAUAAUUACUGUUACUAUAGAGUUACGAAGUAUUAGGUUUGUGCUGAAAAUCCAUUGCCAUUUGUUACAAAUGACAUUUGUUCUUUCUGUGAAAGAGAGAUGCCCUCACGUGUGUUUGCACACAAGCCCGUAGAUUUCUUGCUGCAGUGUGCCCUUGCCAUCAGUGUCAGGUGAUACUGAAGAGACACUGCUGCAGAUUGGCCUCUGAGUUGUUGCAUCAGUGAGAUGGCUCCCGUGUCCUCCAGGCCACUCUAACGUCGGUGUUUGCUUUGAUGUCGAGUGUUGGAGCUUGCAACUGUUGUAGAAUUGAUGGCUGCUCUCCAUCAGGCUGUGUAGGAUGCACAUGCAGACCUGGGGAAUACACACUUAGCCCCGAGAUCAGUACUGCAUUGCCUGUGGUCCAACCCGUCUGCAUAGUAUCAUGUGGAAAAAGAAAUGUACUAUUGUGAUGACCCAAAACUAAAGCUGCUAAAAUAAUAAUAAUAAUAAUAAUAAUAAUAACAGAACAGACUAGGACCAGAGCUAGAAGGCAGGGAAGCUUCUGCCCUUCACAGCCCCUUUGCCCAUGGGGCUGGUCCAGCCAUCUGUAGUGCUCCUGAGAGCAUCUGUGAGAGAGAAAUGGCUAAAAUCACACGAACACCUUCUCUCUGCAGUGAUUGUUGCAGGAGCUUACCUUACAGCUUCACUGUACAGUUCUGGGACACCUUGUUCCUGAGCUUGAGAGCGUGCUGGAAUUUAUUUAAAACUUGGUGAAGUGCUGUUUCCAGGUGAAAGCUUGCUUUGAUUUGAAGAUGAAGGAAGGAUUGCUCUUUGAAUAAUUGCAUUAGAAAGCAUUGUCACUAAGCAGUUUAAGUUGUGUAAUUGUAAACACCAGUACAGUACCUCAGAAUGGCUCAUAUUUUGGUGCAGUGUUUGAUGUUCACAACAAGAUGUUACAAUAAUAAACUAACAUGAACUGAG